CUAAAAGCGAACCUACAAAAGGCUGAAAAUUCCCAGGUGGCGAGAAUAUAAUUUAUGUACGAACCAAUCAGAUACAAGAUAUCGAGUCACGAAUUUUGGCGCAAAAUUCAUCCGUAUUGCCAUUAUAGCUGAUGUUAGUUCGUGAUGAAAGCCCUAAGUCUACUUUUGAACCCUUACCAUAAACUUCCUAAUCAGUAGGUGUCCACCCUCAGGGUCACUUCAGCUUCGCUCAAACAUCGUCCGUAAUUUAUACUCUCACCCCAUUUCUUCUAUUAUCAAAUUAUGAAUGCAUUCUGUUUGUUUCAAAUCAAACAUCAUUAUAAUAUGGAUAAUGCAGAUGCUAAAGGAUCUCGACGUCUCAACCCUUUUAAUUGUAAUACAAACGAACAGCAGAGUCUCAUAUCUGCUCUAUAUGAUGCCCCAACUCUCACAAACUUCAGAGUGAAAGGUUUUUUAGAAUAUCUAUCUAGCGAUUAUUUCAGCAUACCCUUCGCACGCAUCAACGAGAAUUCAUCAGUGGAGGAGUUGAAAGAUGCAAUUCUCAAAUGCAAACAUAUGUUCUUGGCUUUAUCUAACGAGCCGUCGGGAAGAAAAGAUCGCAUAUUAGAUCGGUUGAUUCAAUUAAGGAGGAUUUUACAGGAUGUUAAGGAGUUCUCAGGUGUGUCGACGAAACCAAGUUCCUGUUAUUUUGGAUCUUCACCUCGUUUUUCAGAGCUAUAUUUAUUAUCACGUAGCUUAUCUCAGAUGUCUCUGCCAUGUUUGCCUUACCGAAUUAUGGGUCCUGAGGGUUCACGUCCAUCUGUGCACCAUACUCCUUUCCCUGGUGGUCACGAUUUCCAAAGUGUUUCUGCGAUGCGUCAUCUGGGUGGAACGUGCGAAUAUUGUAGGCACUCAAUUCUUGGUCCGGUUGGCAAAAUAUUACGUUGUCGGGCAUGUGGUGUUAUGUGUCAUUUUGAUGGAUGUCCUAAUAGCCUAACACGUCGGUGUCCAGGUGCAUUACUUUUUCCCGGUACUAGUACUAAACACCAUAUGGGAUGUCGGCGUUUACGAACGGAAAGUGAAAGCGGCACUCAUAAUAAUCCAAAGUUUCAUCUUACUGGAGUUACUUUAUUUGAUACUAGACGUCGUAUUUCAUAUAAACAUUUGGAAGUUUCCAACUUAUCUUUUCUUUCGGCAGAUCUAACUUUACAAUCAUGGACUUGUGCAGAAUGUCUGAGAUCCAUUGAUUUUACACCAUCAUAUACAAUUUUAUCAGGACGUUUGAAUACACGUAAUCUGGGUAAAACAAUCAAUGAGGUCAUUGAAACGGGUAUUGGUGUACUUAUUGGAAAAGCUUUUCAAGAUAUAUUACCAAAACACAACUCUAUAGAUCACGUGACGUCUUACCUAAGUUCUCAACAAUUGUCUUUGCCUACCUAUUUAUUGAAACCUAUUUCUACAGGACCAUCUGUAGUAGGAUCCAAUCAAUCAAUUGAUAACCUAAAAAAAUAUGCUGCUUUUGCUUCUCAUAGCGCUUCUGAACCAAUCCAAACAUGGUAUGACGCGUUUGUUAUGGAGGCAUUUGAAAAAGUCAGUCGUCGGAUUUCAUCAUCCUUAUUUAUCAAAACUCAAAACGGACGCUUAACGAUAGAUAAACAAGCAAGUGAGCUAAAUGUAUUAGAGAAUUAUGCUGCAGACACUGCAUGCACUAUGGAUUCUGCUCGUUUAUGCUACUACUCAGGAUAUUUUUAUUGUUCUAGGUGUCAUUGGGGAGAUACUCACCAAAUUCCAUCUUGGAUGUUUGUUCUGGGUGAUUAUGAACCUAAACCGGUAUGUCGAACCGCGUAUUUGUGGCUAAAUUAUGCUUGGUCACGCCAUUUAUUCCGCGUUCCUGUAUCGUGGUAUUAUCAUGAACCGUUGGCCAGACAAGUAUGUUCUAUUCGUACUAGGAUUUUCAGACUACAACCAUACUUCAAUAUAUGUUCAGGUGCAAAACUCUGCAGUUUAGAUUUUGAAGUAAGAAUACAUACUUUUGCGCAAAUUAAGAAUUCUUACUUAGAUACUAAGUAACAACUUCAGUGAAGAAAUAUGUCCUUUUAAUUCACUUUAAAUCGUGACUCGAUACUAAUUUAUUCAUUUUUAUAAUUGAUAAUGAAACUUGUACAAAUAAACUGGUGACAAGUUUGUUAACUAUGCAACAGAAAUUUCAGAAUUAUUCAUAAAAAACAAUAGCGAAUUAUUGAGGCUAUAGGUAAGAUAUCUAGGCAAACAGAAUUAUUAUAUUUAACUUUAUAAUUUGGUCCAAAUUGUUUUGCAAAACUGACAAACUACGUAAUAACUAGUAAAAGAAUUCAAAAACCUUAUAAAAAGUUUUAACGAUUUGUAAUUACGAAUAAAAUGUUGAAUAUCAGCAUUAGUUAUAAAAGCGACAAUAAUUAUAAUGUGAAAAAGUAGCAUAUCAUAUGUAAAUCAUCCAUGACAUAUGUUGUAAGGCGAAAGCUCGAAGAGUAAUUGUCCGAAUCUCGGCGAAAUAGAAAUUUAUAUACUCUUUAUUAGUUAAUAAAUAUAUAAAUGGACAACCAGUCUGUCACUAAAUAAUGUAUAGGGUGGUUUUAUGUGACAUAUAAUGUGCCUUGAGGGUUGUAAUAAGUUUUUAUUGUCCUAAAACAGAGUAUUUCCGUUACCAAAACCCAUUCAUUUCAUAAGCCAGUAUAUGUCUGGGUACUUUAUUAGGUCAUAUAUACGAUUACCCACAAUUUUUGGAAUAUUUAUAUAAAGGUUCGAUGGGAGGUUGAAAAACAGUCUCAAACCUCGUGAAUGAAAUCCCUAUUUUAAAGUGCUUGCGUACUACAGUGUCCAUUAUUCAAUACUUCAGUAGUGAUGUACUUUGGUUGUAAACUUAAUUCAAGUAAAAAGGAACGAGUUCUUAUCAAUUUAUGUUUCGGGAAGAAUUUAGAUCUUCAGGAGUAAAUUAUUUCUUGUAAUUUCGCUUCAGCAGAAUAUCACUUUCAGUUUAUAUAGUGGGAUAAUAAACCUUUUCUUAUGAAUGCUACACAGUAUAGCCACUAAUUGUAUCACCUACAAAGCUAUUCACAAACCAAUUGCUAACUGUAGGGUUGGCUUUUGAAUUUCGCGCAUAAAGUUCUACACUACAAAAACGUUUUCUGAUCAGUACAAUAACUCUAUUCCUUUUAAUCUUUCAUUUAAACCUCUAGUAAUUCUUUUUUUAAAAAAAUUAAAUAUAUAAUUCCAAUGUUUUUACACGAUUAACUAAUUUAGGAUUGCUUGAUUUACGCUGAUUUUAUUGUUGGCUAUUAGUCAAGGCGAGUUAGAAAGAUAUUUCUACGCCCAGUUCGUACUUUGCUUAAGCAAGCUUCUAAUCACUUAUGCAUGCUGUAUAAAUUGUUAUUUACUCAGUUAAGCACAUCAUAGUGUGAAAAAACACUACAAAAUGCACCUGACAAAUGUGAAGCUACAAUAUUAUAAAAAGAUUAAAAAAAAGAAGGAUAGCGCAGUCGAUAAACAAAUGAACAGAAACGUUAUGUCAUAAAAGAUUGGAUUCAGUUGAAAAUAAAAUCAAGAGAGCUUUGUUGUAGUCAAGAGAGCUCAUGUCUUUUCUAAGAAUAAAAAUCUACAGAAGGAUCACCACCAGCUCUUACACUCUCAUAUCUGUUAGCGCCUCAAGCUGCUGAACUUCACCAUAUCUAGAACUCUAACUGGGAAAUCUUGAUGAACCGAUAGAUCUUAGUUUUAAGUUGUUAUCUUUCGUAUCACAUCUUUGUAUCGUAACCCAAAUACUUCUCCGCUUUUCUUGCUCAGUUGGGAAAAUAAUGGGCAAUAUGGGAGCCACUGAGACUACAUUCGUAAUACAUAAUAGCAAUCGGUGUUUCAAUAGUGCCACCAACUGAAAUAUCAUCACUAUCCCUGAACACAUGUUCAUGAAUGUUGAUAGUGAAUGUGACCAAUCCUUCAGAACAAGAGAAUCUGAACUGCUGUCCGAGGUACGAGAGCGUUGUUUUACUUCUCAGCUGACUUGAAAUGGGAACUAAAUCAGCAGUUAUCUUAGUGACCUAAAGCCAUGACCACAAAGCCCAAGUGAUGGAUGCUUAAGGUCAAUCACACAUGGCCUUUUUGUGAGAGGUUUUUGCUGUCUUAGUCCCGUACUUCAGAAGUCUCACCAGCGGAGACACCUAUCCUUGGGUUGAGGUGAGGUGUGACAAUUUAGAGUGACCUUUUAUAAAAACUUUAUUUUGCUAUGAGAAGGCAGCAUCGCUAUAGACACUGGUUACUCUAAAGAAACACACCCCAGUACAGUAAACAGGACGAAUUCGUUCUCGAAUCUUAAGUUGCUUCUUUUGAUGCCCAAGAAACGUGUUGCAGCCAGUUUAGCUCGGUUCAGUCGUUACGAUAGGCAAAAUUGACCACUACGUCAAGACAGCAACUGCAGCAUAAGUUUAAUUACAUUUAGUCUUCUCGUGUUAACUAACUUUCUUACCAUUUUCUAAAUUAUUUGCAAACUUCUAAGAAAUGUGGUCUUGAAUGGUUUCUUGAGCAACCGUAUACAUUCACCAUGGAUUUAAUAAGUCAAGUAUUGAAUGGGAAACUGAUUGUACAAUUGACAAAUUUCUUAUCUAAAGUAAACGAACACAUUGAGCAAUGUCAGGUAAGAUUGUGUCAUUUAAUGUAUUCAUAAAUAAUAUAAUUUUAACCCUUUGAAUCCUAGUUUUGUAUGAACUUACAUAUAUAUGGAGGCCAGUAAAUUUCGGUUUUUGUACUUUUUGUGUAACUAUUGUAUUUGGAUCUAAACAAAUUAUUCUACACCUUAUAGGUAUGUGAAACUCACAUUCCGAGUUAUUGUGUAGUUUGCAAUGAGGGGCCUACACGCCCAUAUCAUAUGAAAAUGGCGUUUUGUAAUCGAUGUAAUAAAUCGUGUCAUCGAUCUUGUUUGUCCGUGCCAUUACCCAUCUGUCUGAAAGAUACCCCAUUCUAUGUGGAGAUCAUUAGAACGUACGGAUUAUCCGAAUUAGGUUUUGACUGGAAUGAAGCUGAGGAUGAGUGGAUUGAAGUACUUUAUCCUUCCUUAUGUGUGCUAUGCAAACAAUGUGGUUUGCACUGAACUAACAUCAUUGUUUAAUUCGAUGGACAGAUUUUUCAGUCAUAUUCGUGUUAUCGUCGAACACUGUUCUCAUGCACUUCCAUUUUUCGAUUGCAUAUUUCUCAAGAUAUCGCUGCGUAAUUUCUUGAUUCGAUGAAUUUGUAUAUAUUUGGGAUAAACCUUCUUGUAGGUAUGCAUGAAUAUGUAGUGUUUUGUCUCCUUAAUUUUACAUUUACUUUCACUGAUUUCAUAUUGUUUUUCGUAACUGUACUUAAUAAUUUUAAUUUAAUGCACUUCAAUAAAGUAAAUAUUAUGACUGCUA